CGUUAGCAGGCCUGUAUGCUGUACGACCUAACCACGCACCACGGACAGAAGCAUACGCUUCGGGGGAACCUUCUCUGAGUAACACAUAGCAGUUGUUUCAGCCGCGGGUAUCGCGUACGGUCGUUCGUGCCGACAGCAUCUGUGGACGUCGCAUCGCCGACGCAUCUCGCGGGAUCUCGCUAAACAGGACACGGCCGCCUCGCCACGAUCCCGCGUAGAGGAGCGCACGAGGGCAAGCAUAGAGAAAGAAGGGAACCACUUACGGCUGUACACCGCAUAGAAGUUUUUAUCCCUCUCUCACGCAGCAACAGUUAGUGCAAACAUGGCCGCUUCGUGUUCAACCACAACCCCGAGUAGGACCCUGGCUGUAACCGCGUACCUGCUGCUGCUACUGCUACUGCUGGGCUACCUGCCGUGCUGCCACGCUCAAAACACCUGCAUGUUUAAAUUUAAGUUACCCUUGGCGGUCGGCGAUGCGCUGAACAGUAACCUCAUAGCGAGUCAGCUGCAGCGUGGAGGGAUCACGGAUGUGAACAGCUACGUUAAUGGCCUUCAGCAACAGCUGCUGACGACCGAUGCCCGACUAACGAGUGUCACCGCGCAGUACGAUCGCCUCGCGACGACUUGUCGCGACACGCAGCAAGAGCUGGAAGCAUGCAGCGCCGACGUGCAGAGGGGCGGAGCGCGGUGCGGGCCCGUGACGCAGACCCAGCAACAGCAGCAGCAGCGACUACUCGACGCCAUUUUCAACCCAUGCACUAAUGGCGCGGAGCCUCUGCUGGCCGGCACGUCCCGCACGGAGAGAGUGACCUGCGACGCUCUCAGUAACCCGUGUCCGGACCCCUACCGCUGCGUCACCGUCACAGGAACUCUCAACACGAAGGUCGUCGAAUUCAACUUCUGCUGCCCGCAGACGACCACGGCCGAUCCUCGCGUCACCCAGCAACGCACCCCGUCACAAAAUGGCGGGAGAUCACCCCAGCAACCCACGUCGUCCAAUCAGACGCCGGCGUUCCCUCCCGGGGACGCAUGCGCACAGCCGGCGGACCCGGGCGGCUGCCCCGGCGCGCUGCUGCGAUGGUUCUACAACAAGAACAGCAACCUGUGCGAAGAGAUCAUAUACGGAGGCUGCGACGGUAACGACAACAACUUCCGCUCGUUCGCCGACUGCGAGCAACGCUGCGGCAGCCGCCAGGCCGACCCAGGUCAUCUACGCGACCCCGGGUCACGGUGCAGCUCGGCGCCCGACCACGGCCCGUGUAACUUCAACUUCCAUCGCUGGUAUUUCGACCACCAGCGAUCGCAGUGCAGUCAGUUCCUUUACGGUGGCUGUAGCGGGAACGACAAUCGCUUCAUCACGCAAGUGGAGUGCCAGAGAGCCUGUCAGCCAUAGACGAACCUACCCCCCCCCACCGGUGGAUAGAGAAAAGGAAAGAUGAAGAGAAGGGUGGAUAGAAAGAGAAGGGAAAUGUGGAAGAAGAGCUAGAGGUCAUGUGUAGCAGUGUUCUGCUCGCACGGGGGCGCGCGUGCGGCAUGGCGUCACGUGUGGAAAGAGACGUGCGGAUAUUUUAACGUUAGCAUGAAAAACGAUAGUUUUUUACCGUCAGUCAUGAUUUUUUUUGGGUAGCUUGAUGCGCGAUUUCUUUCUGAAUAGUAGCGCGAAAACGCUCAUUUUUGUUUUUCUCUCCUUUUAGUUUUCUCCCUUGUUUUUGCUGCCUUGUGUUUUAUGCGGAUUUUUAAGCUUCUUCGUUUUUGGAUUUAAUAUAGCAAUUGACUACGGAAAUUUUUAGUGAGAAAUUGCAACGUUUGCGUAGACAUGAACAAAGGUCCAAAUAGCUACUGUGAAAUGAGAUUAAGGGUACCCCAUCAGAAUCCCCGCAUAUCACUCCUUAUCUUCCGUCCUUCUCCACCAUUCGUCCUCUAAUAGCCUUGUCUUAUAAUACGAUAUCUUAUGAUACCAUAGAUGUAUUCUGAAAUUGGGUAGAUUUGACUUGUUCUUAUCAGAACCUGAUCUUGUGAUGCUAUAGAAUUUGCGACUGAAGGCAUCUUUUUUAUGGGAAUAAGAUAAAUUUAGAUGGUGAACACAGUAAAAACAUGUACCGUUAUAACAAAAAUAACCUUCGCGAGCAAUGACAUGAGCAACUA